GCCGGCGCCGCGCUCCCGGCUCUCGGGAGUCUCAGCCGCAGCUCCCGGUCGGGUUUCGCAGGUGCGGGGACGGGGACGGCUCAGAGGAGGCCUCGCCCACCUCCCGCCUGGUGGUCCCGACGCCCACCACUCCGCCGAGGAGGGACGAGAGACUGGCGGGCGCCUGGACUGGAGGGUUAACCAUUAACCCUCCACUCCCCCGCUGCCGGGAGCUGAGCUCCGCUCCGGCUGCCCAGGGUGGGCGCCAUGCCCGGCCUGUACUGCCCCUCCAGCUGGACGCCGCUGCCACUCACCGACUCCUGCGUCCGGGCUUAUGCCAAGGGACCCUGCCUCAGCCUGCGGGCCCGGCUCACCUACCACAACCCGCAGCCCCAGCCCGUGGACGGCGUGUUCGUGUACCCUCUGGCUGAGGCCGAGGUGGUAUCUGGCUUCGAGGCCGAGGCGGCCGGACGGCGGGUCUCCUUCCAGCUGCAGAGCCGGCGCCGCUCGCAGGCCGCCUGCUGCCGCGCUCUGGGCCCGGGACUGGGGACCUCUACGCCCCGCCGCUGCGCACAGGGUCACCUUGUCUUGGAUCUGGCCCAAGCUCGGUCCACGCUGGUGUUGCCCACCGGCCUUGUUGCUGCGGCUGGGACCAUUACAGUGACCCUGUGCAGCAGCCGGGAGUUGCCCUCCAGGCCUGAUGGGGUGAUGCAUGUGGCCCUGCCCACUGUGUUCACUCCACUGGCGCAGCCAGGCCUGCCAGGGUCCCCCAGGUCUCCGGGGCUCUGUGACGACAGCCCCACCAGCUGCUUUGGAGUAGGCAGUCCUGAGGAGGAAGGGCUGACCUGGGAGCCACCAACUGCACCUCCAGAGGUGUUCUCAGGCCCCGCCCACUGUCCUGCUCCCUACACCUUCUCUUUUGAGAUGCUGGUGACUGGACCAUGUCUGUUGGCAGGCCUGGAGAGCCCCUCUCAUGCCCUGCGUGCAGACGCCCUCCCUCAUGCCAGCUCUGCAGCUACUAUCUGUGUCACCCUGGCGGAGGGCCAUCCCUGUGAUCGGGCCUUGGAGAUCCUCUUGCACCCUAGUGAGCCCCAUCAGCCACACUUGAUGCUGGAGGCUGGCAGCUUGAGCUCAGCAGAAUAUGAGGCCCAUGUGAGGGCCCGCCAUGACUUUCAGAGGUUACAGCGAAGAGACAGCGAUGGGGAGCGGCAGGUGUGGUUCCUGCAGCGCCGGUUCCAUAAGGACAUCUUGCUGAACCCCGUACUGGUGCUGAACUUCUGCCCAGACCUGAGCCCCAAGCCUGGACACCUGAGUGCUGCUACCCGGGAGCUCCUCUUCUUGUUAGAUGGCAGUGCUGCAGGACACAAGGAUGCUAUUGUUUUGGCUGUAAAAUCCCUCCCAGCUCAGACGCUUGUCAACUUAGCCAUGUUUGGGACAUCAGUACAGUCACUCUUCCCAGAAAGCCGGCCUUGCAGUGAUGAGACUGUGCAGCUGAUCUGUGAGAGCAUGGAGACUCUCCAGGCUGCCAGCUGUCCCCCUGAUGUAUUGGCUGUGUUGGAUUGGGCCUUAGGGCAACCCCAGCACAGGGCCCACCCUCGGCAGCUGUUCCUAAUCACUGCUGCCUCACCAAUGCCUGCCACUACUCACCAAGCCCUGGAGUUCAUGAGGUGGCACAGAGGGGCAGCCAGGUGCUUCUCCUUCGCCUUGACGCCUGCGUGCCACCAGUUGCUCCAGGGCUUGUCUGUGAUCAGCAGGGGCCAGGCCUAUGCCCUGAGGCCUGGGGAAAGACUGCAGCCCAAGUUGGUGCAGGCCCUGCGGAAGGCACUGGAGCCUGCUUUGAGUGACAUCUCUGUGGACUGGUUUGUGCCUGAUGCAGUGGAGGCACUGCUGACCCCCCGGGAGAUCCCAGCACUCUACCCUGGAGACCAGCUGCUCGGCUACUGCUCACUUUUCAAGGUGGACGGCUUCCGGACCGGUGCUCCAGGGGUAGGACCGGGCUGGGGAUGCGAGAUGGGCCUGGAGGGCUGAAGUCCUUGUAUCUCCCUUCUUCCCUGUCUUUCCUGAGAACCCUGUAGGCCUAGAAGCCCACAGAGAUUGCCCUGGGAUCCUCCCAAGGGGGGUGGUCCUGUAAAGCAUUGCACUUGGUUUUCUUUCUUUUGCAAAUAUGUGUUGUUAUUAUUAUUAUUAUUUUAUGUGCAUUGGUGUUCUGUCUGCAUGUAUGUCUACGUGAGAGUGUCAGAUUCCCUCAAACUGGAGUUGCAGACAGUUGUGAACUGCCAUAUGGUUGCUGGGAAUUGAACCCAGGUCCUCUGGAAGAGCAACUGGUGCUCUUAACUGCUGAGCCAUUUCUCCAGCCCUGGUUUUCUUUCUUUUUAGAACUUUUUAAAAUUACAUUUACUUGUUUAUUUAUGUGUGCAGAUGUGCACACAUGCAUGUAUGUGCUUUCGAUGGUGUCUAAUGUGGAGGUCAGAGGUCAACUUGUGGGAAUUGGUUCUUUCCAUCUACCCUGUGGGUCAUGAGGCUAGAACUCAGGUUGUCAGGCUGGUGGCAAGCACCUAAAACUAUUUCACACAACAGUACCUUACAUAAAACACCAUCUGGGCUGGAGAGAUGGCUCAGUGAGGACCCAGGUGACCCCGCAUGGUGGCCCGCAACUAUCCACUCUAGUUCCAGGGAAUCUCACCCUCUCUUGUGCCCCCAAGCGCCAUGGAACCUUGGGCACAUGGGAACAUAGACAUACAUGCAAAUAAAACACUCUUACACAAAAAAUAAAAUUAAGAAAAUCUUUUAAAAUGUAAGCAAGCAGCAGCUAGCCAUUUCCGGUAGCACUUGAAAGCCUAUGUCUGCUGCCUCCAGACCCAACUUUGUUACUUUCUGGCUAUGUGAUUUAAGCAACUCACUUACCCUCUCUGAGCCCACUUCCUCGGAUGUAAAUAAAGUGGGGGGGCCUGCUGUUGUUUAAUGAGUGUUUUGUCUGUCUGUAUGUAUGCGCACUCCAUGUGUUCCUGGUGCUCUUGGAGGUCAAAGGCAGGCAUCUGAUCUUCUAAAACUGCAGUUACAGAAGGUUGUGAGUGUUCAUGUAGGUGCUGGGAACCAAACCUUGGUCCUCCAUGAGAACAAGUGCUCUUAACCCCUGAGCCUUCUCUCCAGCCACAAAUAAUGUGUCGUAGCUAUUGUGAACAGAGAACUUGAGCACUCCAGGGAGGGCUUUGAGAUACAGAUGUUAUUUCUUGUGACACACACACUCUCUCUCUAAAGGAACUAUGUGUGCCUCCUUCUUUUUGAUUCUGAGGGCCAAAUGACAGACUGCUAGCCUUUUGCCAGGAAGCUCAGUUUUCCAGGAGCUUGUUACCCUCAAGGUUAAUAUACUGGCUUCUUACUUUUUUAAUAUGUGUAUGAAGUUUUCUUGCACCUAUCCAUGUGUACCAUGUGUGCAUCUGGUGCCUGUGGAGGUGGGGAGAGGGUUUCAGUUCCCUUGGGAUUGGGGUUACAGAUGGUUGUGAGCCUCCAUGUGGUUGCUGAGAAUUGAACUCAGGUUCUCCAGACCACUCUUAACCACUGAGCCACCCCUCCAGCCAUUAUAGUUUAAAAUUUUAAUCAAGAUAUAAUUAGGAAAGGGGAAGGAGGGUGGGAUCGGCAGGGGAGGAGGGAGAGGCUUAUGGGGGGAUACAAAAUGAAUAAAGUGUAAUUAAUAAAAAAAUUAUAAAAAAUAAAAAUAAAAAUUAAUAUAUAAAAAAGAUAUAAUUAGGUCAUCUCUCCCCUUUUAGUUCCUCUCCAGCCCCUCCCACAUCCUCCCUCACUCCCUCUCAAAUUGGUAGCCUCUUUUUCUUUAUUACAUGUUUAUAUAUACAUACAUAUAUAAACUCAACCUGCUCAAUUUGUUUAAAGUUGCUUGUGUGUAUAUAAUUUCAGGGCUGACACCUUUGUAUUGGAUAUCCAAUUAGGGAGCUCAUCCCUGGGAGAGACUAGUUUUCUCUCUCAGAAGUCAUUAGCUUCCUUGAGUUCUUUGUCUAGAGUGGAAACUGGCACCAUUUCUCCCUUCUACGCUAGCAGAAUUGGCAAUUAGUUGUCAUUGUUUGGUCUUGUUUAGGUAGCCAUGUUGAGGGAUGAUGGGUUUAGCUUUCCUGUCAUUCCUAGGGAAACACAUUCUCACAGCAUAUUUUUUAAUUUUUAAAAAAGAUUUAUUUACUUAUUAUGUAUACAAUGUUCUAUCUGCAUGUACACCUGCACACCAGAAGAGGGCACCAGAUUUUAUUUUAGAUGGUUGUGAAGCACCAUGUGGUUUCUGGGAAUUGAACUCAGGGCCUCUGGAAGAGCAGCCAGUGCUCUUAACCUCUGAGCCAUCUCUCCAGGCCCCAUAAUUUUUUUUUUAACUUUUAAAAGACCUAUGGCUCAGUGUGUUAAGGCACUUGCUGCCAAGCCUGUUGAUGACUUGAGAUCAAUCCCCAGGACCCACAUGGUAGGAGGGAACCGACUCCUCUAAGUUAUCCUCUGACCUCUGCAAGAGCUGGGGCUGUACACACACACACACACCAAUAAUAAUAAUGGCUAAAAAAACUUGAUUACAUUUUUCUUUACUUGAGUGUGUCAUGGGUGCAUGUAUGCGGUCAGAAGAUAACUCUGUACUUCAGUUCUGUCUUUCUACCGUUACGUUGUUCCAGGAGUCAAACAUAAGUGGUCAGGUUUGCACAGCAAGUGCCUUUACCCACUGAGCUAUUUUGCUGGCCCUUGUUUCUUCCUGGCCUUCUGGAUUAUUAGUUUUUACUUGCUAUGAUCCAUCUUAAAUAUGUACUGGAAAAGACAUUAUAAUUUAGUAUACCUUUUCCUCAAUACCA